CUGAAUGCCGGUGUAUACUUAAUGUUUACAGUCAGGACACAGGACUCACAUUAAUAACAGUGUUUCCAACACUGAAGUGGCUAUAUCCUGUAUAAAUAUUCGGUAUAAUAAUAAAAGACCGUUUAUUCUAAUAAUCAGUGUCAUUUUAUACUUUCUUUGCAUUUUUUUAAAAGAUAACACUGACCUCCUGAAUUAUACGAAACUGCGACUUUUCAAGCCUUUUGUGAUUGGUGGAAGAGCAGAGCUAAAUAAAUAACAAAAUGUAAAUAAAGCGAGUAAUCGCGAGUAAUUUCGUACAAAUAUGCAUAUUAUAAAACAAGUAAAUACAAAAUUAUUUCGUUUUCAUGCUACAUUCUGGGAAAAUAUUGUACUUAAAUUACAGUACGAAGAAGUCAGGAUGUCAGUGGCAGCGACAGAGAUUAAAGAUCUAUUUAAGAUCAAAAUAAAACCACGCCAUGAUAGUUAUUCCGAUCAAUAUAAUCGCAUUUUCAUGGUGAAAAUUCUACUGGCUUGUACUAUUGUGCUUGGUAUCAGUUGGUAUAAAGAUAAAUUUAAUUGUGUCGUGCCAGACAGUCAAUCUAGUUCAGAAGAUUUUUAUAGUUUUGUUUCCACAACAUGUUGGGUUCAAGGUAUUUAUGUGUACAGAGAACUAAAGGAAAAGAUUGAGCUGGUAGUGUACUAUGGUGUACCAAAAGAUGUGUCAGACAAUGGAGUUAUAGAUGGAAAAUAUUUGUGUGAUGCUAAAAAGCCAAACCAACUUAUUAAUUCCAAUUUAAAAUGUAUUCCUAUGACAAAAUCCUUCUUUCUUCAGUACCAGUACAUGCCAUUCUUCAUCUGUGCAUUGGCAUUGUUGUACUACCUGCCAUACAUGAUUUCAAAGACGGUCAAUCAUGAUCUAAUCAACUUGCGUGAAGCUAUUAAGAAGAAUGAAACAGAUAUUAAUGGUAUUGUCAAGUAUUACUUUAAAGAUCGCAAGCAACGAGGAAAAUGCAGUAAGAUGCUGACAGCUAAACAGAUUGCAAAUAUAGGUGUUAAAGUUGCCUACAUCGCUGUCAACCUCGUUUCUUUUUUAUGUACUGACUCAAUUUUUCAUGGAAAGUUUAGAAAAUACGGAAGCGAAUGGAUUCAAUGGGGCAAAAGUAAUAACACACUAGCAUUUAAUUAUAUGGGAAAAAGAGGAUUUCCCAAACCAGGGAACCAGUUUCUUCCACCUUUUGGAUUGUGUGAAGUGUAUACCUCAGCAAAACACGUUGUUGAAACUCACAAUAACGUACAUGUAGUUUUGUGUGAAAUGUCUCAACAUAUCUUGUAUCAAUACGUCUUUAUGUUAUUGUGGUUCGCUAUGAUCACUGGGAUUGUUGUCUCAAUUAUUGGUCUCGUUAACCUUCUGAUAAAUUAUGUCAUUGGACUUGUUGGAAUUAGGAGACUGAGAUUGCAUCAUACAUCAAAACGGAUUCUUGAUGACUUGUCAUACAGAGAAAUUGAAUACUUAGAAUUCAUGCGUAACAAGGAUCAACUUUUAUAUGGCGAGGUGAUUGACAGGCUAAAGAAACGGUUUGACAAUCCCCCCUUAAUGAAAAAAGAUUAAGUUCUCUUAUACAUCAGCAGUUAUUUCUCUGGUGAACGGUUACCCCGCACCAAACACAUAAUGUUAAAAAAAAAACAAGAUGCCGAAGCGGUUUUAACACUUACACUAAAAGAACAGAAUUUUCUUGGAAGUUAGGACUCAAUAUUUUUGCUUUUUUCUGUUUCUGACACACCUUAACCCUAUACUUAGAGUUAUUUCUACUAUACAUUAAUGCUGUAAUACAUUUGUGCAGAUUAUUCCUGCAUAAACCAAAGUGGCAUGCUAAAGAAAGCAUUGAUCGUUACAUUCAGAGAGACUUUACUUUUGUUUUUGAAUUGGUACACUUGGACUUGACGUGGCAAGAGUAAUAUUAAAAUAGUAUGUGACUCUAUCCUAUAAACUCCUGCAAGUAAAUGAACCUGGAUCUUUUAUAGAUUUUCACUGUAAGAAUCUUAUCAUUAGAACCCAGAAGUUUUACACAAACAUCCAUAGGAAAUGAAUACAAAUGUUUUGUUAACUAUGUCGUAGAAAGAGCGGAAACCGCGAAAACGGAUGAUUUUCGAUUUCCGUCGAUUAAACUGCUUUUUUUCGGAGACUGAUUAAAAAGAUACUAUUUGUGAAAACUAUAUAUUUCAAGCUCUUUAGCGUUGGAAGCCCAAUCUAAAAAAUCACACGGAAAGUGAGUUUACUUACAUUAUACUUUACUGCGUUCUUAAAGAACCUUCAACGACCGAUACCGUAUAGAGCGCGAAAAUCUCGAAAACGGCUAAUUUUCGGUUUCCGUCGAUUAUAAACUGCUUUCUUUCGGCGCCUGAUCAAAAAAAAUAUCCUUUUUGAAAACUACGUGUGUCAAGUUUCUUAGCGUUGGAAACUGCACAACAAAAACCGCACAACAAAUAUCGCACAACAAAAACCGCACAACAAUAACCGCACAACAAAAACCGCACAACAAAAACCGCACAACAAAAACCGCACAACAAGUACCGCACAACAAGUACCGCACAAAAAAACCGCACAACAAAAACCGCACAACAAAUAUCGCACAACAAAAACCGCACAACAAGUACCGCACAAAAAAAACUGCACAACAAAAACCGCACAACAAAAGCCGCACAACAAAAACCGCACAACAAAUACCGCACAACAAAAACCGCACAAAAAAAACCGCACAAUAAAAACCGCACAACAAAAACCGUACAAAAAAAACCGCACAACAAAAACCGCACAAAAAAACCGCACAACAAAAACCGCACAACAAGUACCGCACAACAAAAACCGCACAAAAAAACCGCACAACAAAAACCGCACAACAAAAACCGCACAAUAAAAACCGCACAAAAAAAAACGCACAACAAAAACUGCAUUACAAAAACUGCACA